AUGACCGACUGGCCUCCCAUUCUGAAGCGGCUACCUAAUUUGAACGUCCUUGAAUUGCAAUCUGGUCUCGUGUCGAAGGUCUAUGGCGCAUGGACACAACCCAACCUUAGCCUGACAACAUUGGUACCUAGAAGGCCUCACGCCAUAGUUGGUGAACCAGUGCAAUCUGGUGCUUUCGGUGCCGUAUAUAGAGUGGGGUACGAUAAACUCAGAAACGAAGUAGAGGAGUCCCAAGGUCACAAGAGCGAGAUCAACACAGAGUUUGCAGCUAAGGUGGUCUGGAAAAACAGGAGUAUAGAUGGAGAAAUGAUGGAUCAAGAUCAAAAAGACGACAUGAAAGUGAAAGUGCUGCAGGAAGCUAAGAACUUGAUGGAAAUGAGCCGCGAGCAUAGGCAUAUCUUGACCUGCUAUGGUGUGUCUGAGAAUAAUGAAUAUUGGGUUCUUGUAACAGAAUACGCUCAGCUGGGGGAUCUCUAUGACUAUUAUGACUGCCGGAAUGACCCUGCACAUCGCAGUCAUCUCUUUGGUAGUCUUAUGCCUCAACAUUUCAGGCAGGUAUCUAAAGCAAUUGCAUUUCUGCACCAUAAAGGAUUUAUACAUCGAGACAUCAAAUUAGAAAACUUUUUCUUAUGUCUUAGGGGCAAUCCGCCAAAAGAAGUCGUUGUUCUCGGUGACUUAGCAUUUUUAGUAAAAAUGAAAAAUGGCGGAGCAGAGGGUGAAUAUGGAUCGCCAAAUUAUGCUGCGCCGGAAAUGUUGCUGCAUGCCGAUAAACCGUAUACAGAGGCAGUGGACAUGUGGUCCUUGGGAGCAAAUAUGUAUAUUUUCCCGUCCGAAAACUUCCUUUAUAAUCACGUUGCAAUAGAGCUUGGAGAAGAUCCAGAUACAUAUGCUCCUCAGGAAGCUGCACGCGAAAUAGUAGAAAGCCAUAAGAAAUCAAACAAUGGCUCCAAAGGUUUGAUUGACGUACUCCUGAGUAAAGAUCCGGAAGGACCAUCAUGGGUAAAGGAAAUGACUCCUGAAGCAAUCGAUUUCAUGCGAAAAUGCCUAGAGCCGGAUCCAAUCAAAAGAAUGUCUGCGAAAAAGGCGCUUGACCACCCUGUAACUUCUCAAUCCCACUCGUAUGAUAGUGAAAAAGAGGGCAUCGGUUGGGACUAUGAUGCGAAAAAGGAGUUCAAAAGACUCGCAAAGGUGGUUGCGGAUCCAGAGAUACGUGAAAAAUUGCGGAGUCAAAGCAGCCAACCUGGAUCUCGACAGCAAUCACAUGGGUCAACUUCAAAUAGAACUGAUCAUCAACGGGAGGGCCAACCAAAGGAUGUUGCCGUCGGACACCACGCUCCUUCUCAGACUUCCACGAGUCGUACUCAAAGCAGAGUUCCGAGUAAAUCAGAGGCUCAUGCUACUGCAAAUGGCUCUGGUGUUGGAAAAGAUCAGACAACUCCUACCGAUCGCACAACGAGCAGGGUUCUGAGUGAAGCAAAAGAACAUAGAACUAAAAGUGGUCUUAGUACAGGAAAAGACCAGACAGGUCCUACCGCUCGCACACCGACUAGGGUUCUGAGUGAAGCAAGAGCAAAUAGGACUGAAAGUGGUGCGAGUGCAAGACAAGACAAGACAGCUCCUGCCGCUCGCACGUCGAGCAGAGCUCAGAGUGAAGCAAAAGAAAAUACAACCAUAAGGAGACCAAGCCCAAAGAAAGGCCAGACAGGACAGAUUCAUCACCGUGUUGCCAGCAGUAGUACGCCCAAUCCCGGGCCAAGAUCCGAGAGUGCUAAGAAGAGGGAAGAGGCAACACGCUCUAGGAAUAAUAGUCAAGUUGUUGAAUGA